GGGCCAAUCGGGGCUAGGAGGCGAGUCCGCAGCAGCUUCCAGCGGUGAUCUCACCCGCCCUCUGCCACAGAGGCAUUAAACACUGCUACCUGCUUUAUUGACUGCAUCACUACGAACCAUUGUUACUUAGUCUAUAAUUGAAACAAUAUGCAAUCUGUGAAAAUAAGUAUAAUGCUAGGUGGAUAUUGUAGAAAAUUACUCUAUUUAUAAUAAUUGUCUGAUGUCUAAUGUUUCUGUAAUAUUAUGUGUUCCACAUCUAAUUAAGGAUAAUUGUUACUCCAAUAUUGAUACUGUUACCGAACCAAUGCAAUGUAAUUACUCCACCUCCAUGUCGGCGGUGAACACAAAUAAAUUUGGUGCUUUUAAGCGAGUCGAAGAGAAGAAUGAAAGUCAGCGAGUUAGUGUAAAAAUGGUAGAUAAUAUUUAUAAUGUAGAGUUUGUUGAUAGUAUCCAACAAAACCAAAUGAUUGGCGAAACGCCUAACUACUGCAUUCCUUUAUCGAUUAACGCCAUAACAGUCCAGGGUAUCUCAUACAGUGACCCAUAUUUCAGUAGCUUUAACUUAAACUAUAAGAUGGCGUUUGGAGCGCCAGAGUAUAUGAACAAGUCUGAUUACGCUUUUAAAUCCUCAGUUUGUAUUAUACGAGAAGAUGAGCCUUACAUGAGUAAGACGCAACUACUAAACGAAAAGUCUGCUCAUAAUAUGAUAUGCAAAACGAAAACUCGAAUGCUCGAUGACAAGAUGUCAAUCGGAACAUACCAUGACAAUAAUGUAUCGGAUACGGCCGAAACAUCGACGCCAAAGAUGGCACUGAAAUCUUUCGCGAACGGCGAUCUCACGUUCGACGGGAUGCUCGAACUGACCAGCAAUGAGGCGAAGAUGCUGAAAGCUUUGCCGGGCGAAGAGUUGGACGGCUGGGGUGUGCCGCGCCGCCUGCGCCUCCGUGGCGGUGGCGAGAGUUCGCUCAACGCCGCGACAGGCUGGGGCAGCCCUCCUGCCUCCACUAACGCAGCCGCCAACUGGGGCGGUAACUCAAGCGGCCAAGCAAAUAAUGGGUCUAACAAUACUCAACAACAAUGGAAUAACACGGCUCAGCGGCCGCCCACCUCGCAAGCCGACAUGAAUAGCAACAAGGGGAACGGGAAUGGCAUGCCGCCUACCAGCGCCGCGUCUCAAAAUUGGCAGAAUUCGCCGCCAAACAUGCCAAACGCGCAGCCGAACAACAACGGAGCGCCUUCUAACAACGGUACAAACAAUACUGGAAAUGGAAAUAACGGGGGAAAUAAUCCUCCGAAUUCGGUAGCGAAUACUAAUGGUCCUUCUUCUGGUAAUGGGAACAACGGUAACAAUACCAAUAGUACCUCUUCUGCCAAGAUAGAGCAGCUCAACUCCAUGCGAGAAGCUUUAUUCAGCCAGGACGGAUGGGGAGGCCAACAUGUAAACCAAGACACCAACUGGGAUGUACCUGGAUCUCCCGAACCCGGCUCGAAAGCCGAGCCAACGGCUAGUGGCGGGCCGCCCGCCUGGAAGCCCAACGUUAACAAUGGUGCCUUCCUCGGAACCGAUCUCUGGGAAGCCAAUUUAAGAAACGGUGGACAACCUCCACCACAACCGGCAGCUAAAACGCCUUGGGGUCACACUCCGACUACUAAUAUUGGUGGCACGUGGGGAGAAGAUGACGACGCAGCCGACUCCGCCAAUGUAUGGACGGGGCCGCCUCCGCCGCAGCAGUGGCCGGCCGGGCCGCCACAGCAUGCCCAGCAAUGGGGAGUCCCUAAGAAAGACGACUGGAACGCGUGGGGUGAGCCGCACCGCCCCGCCGACCCUCGUCUGGAUCCGCACCGCGGCGGCGAUCCACGACAGGCACCGGCCGACACACGUCAUGACCUGCGCGGCGGCAUCUCGGGCCGUCUCAACGGAGACAUGUGGAGCCAGCAUCAUCAGCACGCCGCUGGGCCUAACAAGAUGAUGCCGGCCGCCGCUGUAAACCAAUGGGGAGCGCAGGGUCCCAAAGACUCGAUCAAAUCAUCUGGAUGGGAAGAGCCAUCUCCGCCCGCUGCACGGCGCGCAGGCGGCGGGUUCGACGACGGCACCUCGCUGUGGGCGCAGAGAGGUGGCGGCAUGGCCGGCAUGCCCGGACGUGGAGCGCCUCAAGGUCCGCCCGCUGGCCCUCAGCGCAUUCCCCCCACUCCCACCAAACCCGACGCGGUGUGGGGCGCUCACGGACAACGUAACGGUUCGUGGGAGGAGCCUCAUACUCCCGGCUGGCCGGACAGGGAAGUGCCCGGGUGGCCGGAAGCAUCUGUUCCCGUGCUAUGGCCCGCGCCUAAGCCGAAGCCGUCAGGACCUGCUGGUGCUUGGCCAGAUGACAUCGGCGAGUGGGGCGGUCCCAAACCACCACAGAGUGUGCCCCUCGGAAAGCAGCUGCCCAAAGAGGCGGUGUGGAAUAGCAAACAGUUCAGAUACCUUGUGGAGAUGGGAUACAAGAAGGAAGAGGCUGAAGCUGCGUUGCGCAACCGCGAUAUGAACGCCGAGGAAGCUCUGGAGCUGCUGGCUUCAGCGCGCGGCGAGGGUUGGCGGCGUGACGAGCACUUCCACCACGGACCCUUCCAGCCGCCGCCGUCUGUGCCUGCGGUCUCGCCCGCAGUCGUGCAGAAGCUGCUUAACCAACCGCCACCGCAACCUGUGCAGCAUCACCCUUACAACUCCAAUAGCGGGUCUGGCAACAGCGGGCAACCCAGUGCGGCACAGCUACGCAUGUUAGUACAGCAGAUCCAGAUGGCAGUGUCGGCCGGGUACCUCAAUCACCAGAUCCUCAACCAGCCGCUAGCGCCGCAGACACUCGUUCUCCUCAACCAGUUGCUGCAACAGAUCAAAGUACUACAACAAUUGGUGCAGCAGCAUACUUUGGUUAUCUCGAAAAACAACACGAUUGCCGCCUUGCAAUUAUCUGGGCAAAUCAAUAAAGCGAAACAGCAGAUCACUGCUUUACAGAAUCAAAUCGCGACGCAGCAGGCCUUGUUCAUGAACAAGCAAGCGGGCGGCGCCGAUUUGUUCAAGCAGAGUCACGACCCGCUAGCGCAGCUGCCCAACAACUUCAGCGAAAUGGCCAUCAGCAAAGACUCGCAGGCGGCUUAUGGUGGGAGCGGCAAUCAGCAAUCGCGCCUGAACCAGUGGAAGCUUCCUUCUUUAGACAAGGACGGCGAAGGUUCAGAGUUCAGCCGUGCGCCCGGCACCGCCAAGUCUACGACUAGCCCUCAGCUCAAUCAGCUCGGCUUGCAACCUGAUUCUACAUGGGGAGUAGGCCGCGGCUCUGAGAGCUGGGGCGACUCUAGCGCCGACGUGGCGGACGGCAAAGACUGGCCGGCUCACGGCGCACACCAGCCUGUGUACGACCUUGUACCCGAGUUCGAACCCGGCAAACCAUGGAAGGGCAACCAGAUGAAAAAUGUCGAAGAUGAUCCGGCUAUGACUCCGGGCUCUGUGGUCCGCUCGCCUCUGUCGCUGGCAGCUAUCAAGGACACGGACAUGCUGGGCGGGAAGACGUCCCCGCCGGGCGCCGAAGGACGUACGUUGUCGUCGUCCACGUGGAGCUAUGCGCCACCGGCCACGAGUGCCGGGGCGCUGAAGCCGCCUGCCGACGCGUGGGGUGCCAAGCCGCGCCCCGCGCCGCCCGGCCUCAACAAGGCGUGGCCGCAGCACCACGCCAACUCGCAGCAGCGCGCGGUGCCUUCUUGGCAGACUUCCACUUGGCUACUGCUCAAGAAUCUUACGGCGCAGAUCGAUGGGUCGACGUUGAAGACUCUGUGCCUACAGCACGGCCCCCUGCAGAACUUCCACCUCUACCUGAAUCAGGGCUUCGCUCUAGCUCGCUACUCGUCUCGCGAGGAAGCAGCUAAGGCUCAAAUGGCUCUAAAUAACUGCGUGUUGAGCAAUACGACGAUCUUCGCGGAGUCGCCGGCCGAGUCGGAGGUGCAGAUGAUCUUGCAGCACCUCGGCUCUGGCGGUGGUGGCGCGUGGCGCGGGGGCGCGGCAGCCGGCAAAGAGGGCUGGGGCGGCGCCUUCCCCGGUCUGUGGCCGGACCAGCACGACCAGCGGGCCACGCCCUCGUCGCUCAACUCGUUCCUGCCGCCGGACCUGCUCGGCGGCGAGUCCAUCUAGACCUCACCGUCACCCCCGCCUCCGCAGUACGUACGCCUCACUGGCGACCCGCCGACCACCUCGGCGGAGUCGUAGGUGUCUAGUUGUAAUUACGCUUUACCGGCCCCCGUACGGGGACGGACUAAUUUUAUUCGCCUAGUCAGAUCGUGUCGGACGCGUCGGGUCGCAACAUCCCUGCGGCGCGACGCGCCCGUGGUAGCCAACUGUCCACAUAACUAUUAUCUACUGUGUUGUAAGUGUUCAUGUAGAUUAUUUAGUGUACAUAAGAAUUAUACAUAUACAACGGCAGACAUAUAAAGUAUCGAGGGUUACAUGAAGUAUAGCGCGGCGGGCCGGCGCUACCGGGUGAGACUCGGCCGCGCCGGCCUGCCGCGACCCCCGCUCGCUCCUGUAAGCUACCAAAUAACGUAGGUAUCGGAAGUAGAGUAGUUGCGUCGCGGGCUACCUCAGUCACUCGCCCCGUGGCCUUAUGUUAGUGUGUAUUUAUUUUGUUGCGCUCGAGGGCUGUUGCUGUUUCGCCGUCGAGCUGUUGCGUUCCGAGUUUCUUUCGUAUUCGUUUUUAUUUUCUCGUUCGAUUCUUACUGAUCGUAUUUUAAUUAUUUAUUCUGUUUUUUUUUUAAUUCUCGCAAUGAGCCUUCGUUUUCCAGUAGUGAUAUUUUAUUCAGCAAUAACGUGUAAGUGCAUUUCACAGACUAACAAAAGUUUUAUAUUAGUUGUAAUUUUUAUAAUGAUAACAAAAUUUGAAAAUUAUGAGAUUCGAAGUGCAUUCUUGUAGUGGUUAAUUCCUUUUAAGCCGUAUAGUCUGAGAUGGAAAGAGUAUAUACAAAGAUACGUGAGGAGGUCGCGGCGCCGGCAUCAUCGGCCAGGUCGUAGGUCGGGUGCGGGCGCCGUGCGCCGCAAGUACAAGACGGGGCGCUCCCUUGCAAUCCAGUAAUCCUGUGAUGUAAAGUAUCUUGCCUAAUAUAAGGAUAAUCUAUUUUGUUGGAGAGUAUCAUAGAGCGUCGCCGGCGAGGGCGGCGGCGGUCGGCCUCCGCCGAAGCUGAUGUUUCCCCAAAUUUUUUCCAGUAUUUGUGAUUCAAGUGCCACUUUAUGUUUAAUAUAUGAAACGAUUAUCUAGAUUAUACGAUUAAUGUAAGGGUAACCUAAUAUAUUAAAUUGAAAAUUGUUUUAUCAUUUUAUAUUACAUACAUUUGUGAGAAGUGUUAUAGAGUACUAUAAUUGACAGUAAUUUAAAUAUUACACUUUUGUGUAUAGAUAAGAAUAAAGUUCUAACUUAAAUUUAGCCAUAUCAAUAUCUAUUUAAUAAAAGAUUUGUGGUAUUUUCUAUAGGCUCAAUUUGAACGUUAUUCAAAGUGACAUAUGCUUUAGAUAUUCUGUUAAUAAUAUACUUGUAGUCGUAGGUCUCUCGGUAUUACAUCAUUGU